UAUCGCAAAUGCAUUGAGUUUUUUUUAUUAUAUCUCUUUGUGGCAAGAUAUAAUGAGGAUCUAGCGUUUGAAGAACGUUUGCUUCAUGUUAUGAUCACACUUGACUGGUGACUGCCUUUCCUGCCAUAAGAAAAAUUUCGCCUAACAACUUUACGUGAGGAUUGACGAAUUUUACAAACUGGAGAAAUGACAAGCCCAUUUUUCACGCUGCACUCCGAGGCAGGAUCGUUGUUACGUCGAGGAACUAUCAAUUUUGCCAAAAGAGAGGGCAGAGUAAGUAGUCUUCCAACGCCAAACUUUUUGGCCCACACGGUUCGAGGCUCAGUUCCCCAUUUGACAUCGGACAACUUGGAGCUUGUUCCGGUGGAUUCUCUACAAAUUUCGGCAGAACAUUUCUAUGAACAAAAGGAACCAGCUGGCCUGUCAUACCCCCAUGGACUACACUCCUACCUUAACGCGAAUAAAUAUCUCCUCUUUUUGGACACCAGAGAUCCUUCAAAGCACGUACCAUCAUCUGCAAAUACAGAAAAGUAUCUUUCGGUCAAUACUCAUGGCGGUGUACGACAAAUCACGCCAGAACUUUGGUGCCGUAUGAUCUCGCAAUAUAAGCCCGACUUCUACGCUGUCAUCGCCGACGUCUUGUCAGACACCGAACCUGGAAACAAAAGAGUCAGGAAGUCUGUAGAUAGAACGAUUCGAUGGCUGGAUGAGUGCUUGGAAAAGACCAAAAAUCUUGACAUUCCGGUCUUCGCCACUCUUGUAGGUAGUCAAUUUGAGCAAGAGCGCAUCCGAUCCGCACAAGAGGCAGCUCAGCGAAAGGUUUCUGGGUUUGUCGUCAGUGGCCUAGGUUUUGGAAACCAGGCUCUCGACUUGAUCAAAAUUUCACUCAACGAGUUGCCAGAAGACAAACCACGAAUCACAUAUGGCUUCUCUAGUCCAGAGAGCGUUUUAGAAGCUGUUUCCUCUGGGAUUGAUUUGUUCGACAGUGCAUAUGUAUCAAAAAUGACAGAUAAAGGCAGAGCCUUGACAUUUGAAUUCGGAAAUGAAGAAGGUGAGGCAGCUGAUAAUCAUGGAAGCAAGGAACCUAAGUCUAUCAAUCUCUGGGAUCCUUCCUUUGCCGAUGACUUUACGCCACUUAAGAAAGGAUGCAAAUGCUACAGUUGUAUCACCCCACAUUCUCGAGGAUAUAUACACCACUUACUUAAUGCACAUGAGAUGUUGGGACUGGUGUUGUUGAUGAGCCACAACCUUUAUCAAUAUGCAAACUUUUUUGAGUCGAUUCGUCAAUCUAUCGAUGGUAAAACGUUUGAAGCAUCAAAAAAUCGGUUCAUGGAAAACUAUUCACAUGAAGUAGAAGGCGAUGGUGCGCAAGGACACGAAGACGAAGUAGACGCCAACUCUUUGGGAGUUCCAAUCAAGAAGAAGAGAACAUUGUUACUAUAGAAUGGGAACAUUGUGUGUUUUUUAUUAGUGGAGCAGCAUUUCCUGCGUGUCU